AUGGGGAGCUUCAAGAAAAACAAGCAUAAGGAAUCAAGAACAGGAAUUAGUGGAUGUGUCCUGAUUCUUCAGAUUGUAUACUUUCAUCACCUUUCAUUUAGAGGGCAGCCUGAACCAACAACAUUGCCCUUGAUCAAACAUUGGACAGAUGAGAAAGUAAGAAAAAGAAUUGCAAGUGAAGCAAAAGCAUCAUUUGGUCAAGGAGAAAUCCAGAAAGAUGUGUAUCUAGUUUGUAGAAAAGGAGGUCAACAAUCAUACUUAGGUGAUGUUAUUAAGACUGCAUAUAGGAAUUUUGCUGACAGAGAGAGAAGAUUAGUCUCUUUCAACCUUCCAGAUGGUGUUAUGACAUACAAUGAGAUACAUGAGGCUGCAUAUGAUGAAGUUGAAAAAGAUCUGCUUUUUUGGGCUAGAGAUUCAACACACUUUUCAAUGUUACAUGUCGAGCGUAUAAACUGCAUAAAAGACAGGAUUAAAAAGCAGAAAGUGAAUUUGUCUGCAUCAGAUUCUCAACUAUUUUCUGAAACACAAAAGCUAAUUGAAGACCCUAGAGUGCAAAGGGCUAUUGAUGAAAUAGUGAAGAUUUACGAUGAUUUGAGAGAUGUAUCUAAUGAGUUUCUAUCAACAUGGGAGGAGCAACAUAAAAAUCCUGAAACUAAUCCAGAUUAUGAUGGAGAUAAUCAAGAUGGUGCAGAUGCUACUUUAAAUUUUAUACAUGAUGAUAUUAAUCUGGAUGAUGAAAAUGAAGAAUCUGAAAAAGAGGAGGAAAAGGAAGAGGACAAAAACGAAGAGGAGAAGGAUGAAAAUAAAGAGGAGAAAGAGGAAGAUGAGAAGGAGAAAGAGAAAGAUGAAAAGCAAUAA